GCGAGGGGCGACGAUAAUGGGGAAUAACCGGGACCCCGGUGCUUUGGAGUGGACACAGCGACUGGACGGUGAUCGUCAGGGGGGUUCACGUGAAGAGCAAACGCCGUGGGAUUGUUUUGAAACGAUUUGAAUGGCUUGAUGGAUUUUAUUGAGGGAAGCGACCAAUUGAUUGGCAUUGGAUAUACGACUUCAGACCUCAUAUAAGCUACUGGAUACGAUUUAAUCCAACGUUAAUCAAUUUCAAUGGCGUUAUCGUCGACCCAGAGCCAAACAGGUCACCGGGACCCAGGACUGAAGCGGGUUCACCGGGUUUAAACCGCUCAAAUCUGUCGUUUGUUUCCGGCGAUGUCCGCGUCCUGCCUCGAUCUGCGCAGCGUGAUUUCAGCACCACCGCACCUGGACAGCGACCGCAUGGAACGAACCCUCGAUCCUUCACCAGACACCGAACAUCAGAGCCGCACGCUGCUACACACCGCUCCCCGGGGGCUCGGCAUGGCUCUGGAGGAAGAGCUGGCCAUGCUCACCGGGGAGCGGGACGAGGAUGUUGAGGUAUCCGCCUUAGAGACACCUGUGAACGGGCAGGACUCGGACCUACUGGCCCUCUUCCGACAGAAAGAGAAGGACCUGGUGCUCGCUGCUAAACUGGGCAAAGCUCUACUUGAACGAAACCAAGACCUCACAAAGCAAUAUGAGAAAAUGACCAAGGAUUUAAACGACAAACUAGAGCUCUUGGAACAGGAAAAGCAUGAGUUGCGGCGUCGUUUGGAGAGUCGCGAGGGUGAGUGGGAAGGUCGGGUGGCAGAACUGGAGACAGAUGUGCAACACCUGCAGGGGGAGCUGGAGAGGCAGCAGGUGCAACUGCGCGAGGCCGAUCGCGACAAGAGUCGCGCAAUCAGUGAACUGUCAGAACAGAACCACAGACUACUGGAGCAGCUCAGCAGGGCUGCCGAGGUGGAGAAGCAGUUAUCUACUCAGGUCCAUUCAUUACGAGACGAUUUCAGAGAAAAGAGCAUUUCCACAAACCAACACAUGACACGGCUCGAGACCCUACAGGCCGAGAUAAAGAUGUUGUCAGAGCGUAAGCAGGAAUUGGAGCGACGUGUGAACGCUGUUCUGGAGAAAAACGAACAACUUCAGAGCACAGUGGACGACCUGAGAGAGAGAACGCUGGUGCUGGAAAAACAGUGUCACGAGAAAAACUUACAGCUGCGCCAGAGUCAUUUGGAACUGCAGGAAGUGCGCUUGUCUCACCGGCAGUUGAGUGCUCGUCUAGAGGAACUGACGGAGGAACGGAGUCUACACGGCUUCAGUCCGAACCCUAACAGCCUCCUCUGUGAGAUAGAACAGAGUAUGGAGCAGGAGGAGAUGGAGCAGGAGAGAGAACAGUUACGGUUGCAAUUGUGGGAAGCCUACUGUCUGGUGCGCUCCAUCUGCUCACAGCUCAGAGGAAAUGACAUCACAGACUCCGCCCUGUCCACAGACUCAUCCAUGGACGAGUCUUCUGAGACGCUGUCGGCUAAAGAUGUCCCCACGGGUAGUUUACACGCCAGUCUGCUGGAGCUGCGCAGACUGACGCAAAACCUGCUGGAUGGCAAUGAAUCUACGGGUUCUCGUCGCAGUGAUGAAGAGGUUCUUGAGGAGCAGGUUCGUAAACUCGGCGAGGAGCUCCGAGAACUCCGAGAACUGUACGAACAAGAACAGGAAAAAACACGCAACAGCCAGGAGGAGGUGCUACAGCUCCAUAAUCAGGUGGCGCUGCUCUCAGUGGAAGUUUCUUCUUCGAGAGAAGAGAACGAACGGAUGAGUGCGAUGAUGGAAGUGCGAGAACCCAACGAACAGUUACAGAGCGCCAUACGAGACCGAGACGAAGCCAUCACCAAGAAGAAAGCGGUAGAGAUGGAGCUGGCGAAGUGUAAGAUUGACAUCAUGUCUUUGAAUAGUCAGCUGUUAGACGCGAUACAGCAGAAACUAAACCUGUCUCAGCAGUUAGAAGCCUGGCAGGAUGACAUGCACAGAGUUAUCGAUCAGCAACUGAUGGAUAAACAUCAGGAGGAGUGCAGAGAUUCUCCAUACUCCUUCAGCGGAUCGCGAGGAAGAGCCCCUUCCAGACGAACACUUCGCCUCUCAGAUGGAGACAAACGCCUGUUUUCAUUCUUCAAGAAGAACUGAGAGAGAAAGAAAGAAAGAAAGAAAGAAAGCUAAAUCAGAAAAUCAGUGGUUCUCAACUAGUUUUGCUUCAGGAUCCACAUUUUACAUUGGACAUCAAGUAAACAUAAAUUUCCCUAAAAUCAUAAACUGAAAUUAAUACAUUUGCUUAAUAUUGGUUCCUAAAUAAAUUUUUUCUGCUUUCUGUCCCUCGUUUAUUUAAAAGAAAAGCAAAAAUCAUGGUUCCAUUGAGGUACUUACAUAAACGCUAAAAUACUCACCGUUUCAAAAGUAUAGCCACAAGACAUAAACAUUAUAGAUGUUAACAGGAUUUCACAGAUGUUAACAGGAUUUCACAGGCGUUACAGUGUUUACCAGAUUACAAUGUUUACAGUCAUGACAACCUACACAGAAAAGGUUAAGUGAUUUUAUCACACUAAAAUCAUGUUAACAUGCAUAUUGUUUAAGUCUUGUGGCUGUACUUUUGAAACGGUGAGUAUUUUAACGUUUAUGAAUUGGCCCCAUUGACUUCCAUUGUAAGUGCCUCACUGUAACCCAGAACACAGGAAAAGAGGGAUGAGUCCAAAUUCAUUUUUGUGGUAAUCAACAUUAUGCCACAAAUGCUGUCGAUUGAGCUAAACUUGAAUUUCUUUAAAAGCUGAUAAACCUAUGCAAGAUUCAGUGGUUAGUUAUAUGUUAUUAUUUGUAUUUAGCAUUGUUCUCAUCUCAUGACUCUUCGGCCUGCCAGUUGAGAGCCACUGAUCUAAAAGACAGAGUCCUCUGCAGGCUUUGAGCCAUUUUGCACUUUAUCUGCACCCACAAUCCUCACUCAGAAAGUUGAAAGAGAAAUCCUUUGAGAAAGACAGCCGUCAGGCCGUUAUCCUCCGCUCUGAUAGGUUAAAGCUCUGAAUCAGGAUCAGUUCAACAGGGUUCAGAGAAUUCUCCAGUCCUAUCAGAGUUCGGUUUCCCGCGUGAGUGCCUCAGAAUGAUUUCCCUCACCUCACUGCCAGAGAUUCAACACGGAGGCACAGCCGCUCUGACUAAUCGAGGGAUUCGCUAGAGACUGAACUCAGGAUGAACUAGACAAAGGGUUUUUAGGAUGCAUAUUUUGAGGAUCAACAGGUUGUAGGUUACAGUUAAUAUUUAACAUUGCAACAUCUAAGUCAGAGUCCAGCUAAAAACACUCUGCUCUUUAGUUCAUACACAAAAUCAGUACACCGAGGACAUUUUGAAAUAAGAUGUUUAUGUAAUUACUAACCGUUUAAAAACCAAAGGACUUAGGAGAAUGUUUGUCAGCAUCACUAAUAGUGCCAAAUGGAAUUGAACUCUAUCUCCAUAAACAGAUAGUCCCGCCCCAAACGUACGCCAUUGGUUGAGCCAACAUUGCCGUGUUGGGCUGGUUGUGAUUGCAUCACCUUCAAAUUAUAAAAGCAUGUAACAUACUCUAAAGAUAAUAAUCUGUUGCUAUUAGUGUACAUUUGUCUUUACACACAAAUGGUACCAGCUUCUCACUGAUAUGGAAAUGUUCCAGCUGCUUUAAUGAUAAAAAAAAAAAAGUCCCUCUUUGACAAUUUGUGAUGUGAAUGAACCAAAGAGCAGAAGUGUUUAGUUGUAAUUCUGUGGCUGUAAAAACAACACAGCAUCAGACUUUAGUGUCAGUUUGAUAAAACAGUGUCUAAACAUAUGAAACUGUGGCUAGGUUCGGAAUGGAAUACUAGCAUACUGCUUACUAUGGAGAAUACUGUAUAGUCCAAUUAAAUAAUGAGUCAAAACAUACAAAAAAAUUAAUAAAAUCAAAUAAAAUUGACAGUUGAUACUGUCUCCAGAUUAAUUUGUCAAAUGGAACGUCGAAAGCAUUGCAUUACUGGACAUUUUGGCAAAUGUAGUGGGUCACGCAGGUAGAGAAAAUUUGCACACUGUUCUGCAUAUUGCAGAAAUAGUAUGGUAGUAUGCUAUUCCGCACAUAGUCCAGGUCAAUUUUCGGAUGUACUGUCUCCUGCCCUGUUAGAUUGGACAAUUCAGCCUAUGAGAAUGAAGGGAGCACUUGGUCAUGAGCUGCGAUUGGAUGUUUUUUCUGUCUUUCAAACUUGGUACCUGUCACCUUUGUGUGUGUUUUGCGUGCGUGUGUGUGUGUGUGUGCGCGUGCGCGCGGGGUUUUGGGCAGAUUUUGAGCAAUGCUAUGCAGCUGUCUUCUCCUCUCGUGCCGAGGUGAUUUUAGGUUCGGCGAAUCCCAAAGAAUGAUUUUUUUAUACAUACUAAGACACAGAUAGGUUUGGAAUAUAUUUGUAAAUGUAUAACUUUUGAAUGAUAAAUCAUCACUUUUGUAGAACAAUCCACAUGGGAGCGUUUGUCUGUCGGUGUAGUCUGAUUUGUUAAUGUUUUUGGUCCGGUUCUGCUGUCUGAUUUAUAGUUGAAUGUAAACGGCCUGAUUCAAGAUCAAAACUGCAGCAGGAAACCUUCAACUUACACCUCUGAUACUCAUAAUCCAGACUGAAUAUAUCAUGCUGCUCUUAUUGGUAUAAUCUGUAUUGAUCAUCAGUACAUGAUUAUUAAUCAAAUCUGUACGGGAGGUGCCAUUCCAGGUCUGUAGCUGUUAUGAAUUAAUGCUACGGAUGGGACGAUAUGGUUAUCUCAUGAUUUGGUUCGAUAUACGAUAUGAGGUUCACUGUUCGAUAGAACAACACUUAAAUGACAAAACAUUACAGAUUUUUUUUUCUUCGUUUCUGAAAAUAUGUUUGAGAAAAAUGCUCAUUAUAAUUUAGCAUCGAAAUAAAGUUCUUUAAUACACAAUAUAAAUGCUCAAAGUUUAAAUAAUAAGAGUUGCUCAUAUACCUUUCUCUAUAAGAGAUCACAAACAAAUAAGCUUUCAAAAAUAGUUGGCUACAUCCAGGCUGAUCAGGUGCAGAACAAGCAAUAGAACUGAACAGAACAUGUCCUGAAAAAAAUAUGCGAAAGUGUAUAUUUAUAUUUUAAUAAUUUGUUUGUCAUCAUUAUAUAAUCAAAAUGUAACUUUGUACAAUACAAAAAUUCUACAUUAUAUUAAUAUGAUAUCGUGAAAUUGUAUAUUUAAUAAUGAUAUGAGCUAUCACUGUUUGAAAUAAUGUGUACAAUUUACAAGUAAUUACAUUGAGUUUACUUUAAUUUGUAUAAGAAAUGCUAAAAAGGUUACUGUCACUUUAAGGGUUCAACAAGCAUCUCAGUGUUCUGGUUUAGCGGACAUUAACGAGAAUCUCUCCUUUCUUUAGCACAUCCAUGCUGUGUGAGAUUAAAAUUAAUAUUUCUUUUUACUUUUUUAUCUGACUGUAAAGAACAGAAAGGAUAUUAAGACAUUUAUUCAAUGAAAGUGGAGUCACCUAAUUUUGAUGGACACACACUACACGGAGGAAACGAUCCGCUUCAGUCUCAAGCACUUUUCAUCAAAACAAGGCGACUUUCCAGGUAUUCCAGUACUUAUAUUUCUAAAAGCUAAAUUCAAGCACUUUAAGGACCUUGUGUGAACCCUGUAAACAGUGUAGAAAAAAGCGAAGCAGGUGUAAAAUCAAGCGAUAGAGAGAAAUUGAUGUUUGACGGGUCAUUUCAUUUAUGAUCACAUGGACAGAAAACAAUGUUGCAAAUUUCGAAAUAUCGAGUUAUGCCAAAGUCUUUCUAGCAAGUCAGUCCACUGCCGGCCAUCUUUGGAAAGCUCCCAGGACAGUGCAGCUCCUAUCUACUUGAAUGUCAAAAUCAUAGAAUUUUCAAGAAGAAUGUACAUGUAGCUCCAGGCAGAGCUCCAAUAAGGGGCAGGGGCUCCAAACCGCCAGCAAAGAUAUAGGGAGCCCCUAACCUAACCCAACCAUUUACCUAACCCUAACUGUGAGUGGAAGUGACACCCCCUUUUGGAGUUGGCACAACCUCCUUUUGUAGUAACCCCGCCCCCAUCUGGAGUAACCCCGCCCUCUUUUGGAGAUCACCGGCCUGCAGUUAUACCUACUUGAUUUCAAUCUCACGUAAACACAGUUUUCUUCCAUUGUCGGAUAUUUUAAAUAAGCAGAUUUUGGUUGUUAUCAGCCUAUUGGUGUGCAUGUAAACGAGCUCAUUGACAGUCAAUGGAUGAACCAUAUGCUGUUGUAAUACAAGUACAUCAAGCAUUACUAAUACACACUGUUAAGGUUUAAUUCUUCCAGUCGACUGAAUCAGACAGCAGCCGCAGACCGGACCCUUUUUGUAUUAACUGUCUUUUCUGUUCUAUACAUAAAUCACAUUUCAGUAUCCUCCUGUUCUUUCAUUUCUUUAGAUUAUUUUCUGUGCAUUUUACACACUGUUCUGUGAAUGUCUUGUGUUGACUACUAUCUGUCCUUUUGCCAUUUAAACACUGUUUUUGGAAGUCUCUCUGCUGUGUCUUCAAUCUGUGUGGUGUUCUGUGAACAGCUCAAUUUUUCACGUCUCCCAUUUCGAGUAGGCUGCAUCCAAAUUUGCACACUUAUAGUACUAAACACUAAAAGUAUAUACUUUGCUACUGAUGGGAAAGUACCUUUCACUAUGUAGUAAGAUGGUAUGAAAUUCAAAAAUCCACCCAAAAUGAUAACACCAUGUAACAAAUUAUAUAUUUUUUUUUGUUCCUGGGUAGUAAGUGUUAUUUCCUAAUUGCUUAUGCCACAAAAGUAUAGAAAAUGGCUAUUAUUCCCCACAAACUUUGCUUUUGUGGCCAGGACAGUGAUAUUUUGAAAUUUACCUAUUUUCCAGAACAUUCCAGAUAGAUUCAGUGCUGAGUAAAUUUGGAGUAACUUCUAGAACUUUCUAGAACUUUCCAGUAAUAUAAAUAGUAGUAUAAAUACAGGGGCCUUAAGCCCACCAGUUCAGUUUAGUUCCAGCUAAGUGGAUACAUAUCAAGACCUUGCUGGACGCCUUGAAGUAUGAUGAGUACGGCUGGGAGGUCAUAAGAGACUUCAAAAUGGUGGCAUUCCUGAUGGGUCUCCAAGGUGGUUUUACCAAGUUUCCCUGCUAUCUUUGCCUUUGGGACAGCAGGGACACCAAGGCGCACUACUACAGGCGGGACUGGCCACAGCAGUCCGAGUUCUAUGAGGGGAGGAACAACAUCAAGUGGGAGCCACUGGUGGACCCCCGGAAGGUGCUGAUGCCACCACUGCACAUCAAAUUGGGCCUUAUAAAACUAUUUGUCAGAGCUCUAGAUAAGGAGUCCACAGCCUUCAAGUACCUUCAAGACUUCUUCCCUAAGCUGUCAGAGGCAAAGGUCAAAGCCGGUGUCUUCGUCGGACCACAGAUAAAGAAGAUCCUGGAGUGCAGUGAAUUCCCCAAGAAGCUCACUAGUAAGGAGAAUGUGGCUUGGAACAGCUUUGUCGCAGUGGUUCAGGGCUUCCUGGGCAAUCACAAGGCUGAAAACUAUGUGGAGCUGGUUGAGACUGGUGAAGAGCUGCGGCACAAUGGGCUGUAGGAUGUCCCUCAAAGUCCAUAUCCUUGAUGCUCAUCUUGAUAAAUUCAAGGAGAACAUCCGAGCGUACUCGGAGGAGCAAGGCGAGCACUUCCAUCAGGAUAUACUGGACUUUGAACGCCGCUAUCGAGGACAGUAUAACGAGAACAUGAUGGGAGACUACAUUUGGGGGCUGAUUCGUGAAAGUGAUUUACAGUAUAAUCGUAAAUCUCAAAAAUCUACUCGCUUCUAAAUCUUUUGUAGUCAUUUUUGUAUUACUUUAGUAUAAAUACAUGUUAAUUUGGAUUCAUAAGUUGUUUUUGUCUGACUUUAUGUGAAUGAAAAGACACAAAUGCACCCAUUUUCUCAUUGGAAAUAGGUACAUUUCAAAAUAUCACUGUCCUGGUCACAAAAUCAAAGUUUGUGGGGAAUAAUAGCCAUUUUCUAUACUUUUGAGGCAUAAGCAAUUAGGAAAUAACACUUACUACCCAGGAACAUAAAUUGUGUUACAUAGUGAUCCACCUUGAGCCAGGGACGUAAUUACCAUGGACAAUGAGGGGGACAUUUAACCAUAUUGCUCAAUAAAUGUGCAUUUUUCAAUCAGAUUCUUAAUUUAACCUUUGGUCCUUUUGGAUACCUCCUUGCCUUUGGCAUAUUAUUUUUAACCUACUAUGAUUUGGGACGCACUAAUGCACUUUUUUAGACAGUAUGUGACUUGGGACAUUUCCAUAAAUGCCACCAGUCUCUCAAACUAGAAGUACUUCCUUUAUAGCUCACCAUAGAGUGGAUGCAUUUCUUUAAAUUUCCUUCAACAAGAUCACAAGAUAUUCCUUAAACUAUUUUCACUGGAAAUUUCAAGUUUCAAGUAAUCCUCAUGGUCAGAUUGGUGUGAUGGUUAAAUAAACGACUCAAAUACCUUCUUUAAAAAAUAACAGAAACAAAUUGAAUGAUAAAAAAUGUGGGUAAAUAAUAUUUUGUAAAGCAAAUAUGGCUCACCAGCCUUUCAUUAGUGCCAUGUUUACUUCCUUUAAUGCACUGACAGAUAUUCAGAUGUAAUACAGUCUACUAAAAUCUAUUACUACUAUUAUAACACAUACUAUUGUUGCAGUGAAACUAUCAUAAAUGGCUGCUAAAAUUACAAUUCAAACCUCAAUAUAUUUGAGCAUAUAUGUUAAAAACUGUUGAGAGUAUUAGCUUAAUAUUGCUAGCUGGAACAAAUAAACUGUCCAUUACUGAAAUAAAGUAUGUGAUUAACAAAUUACAAAACAAAUGAUUAUAUACAGUUAAUGUUUUGCCUUUUGAAAUAUUCUUUACUUCCAGGCAAAGUGUGCAAACAAAAUUGUUAAUAUGUACAUUUGUUGGUAAUACUCUGGUAAACACAUGUAAAUAGGCCAGAUUUCUACUUGUUUUCAGAGUAUGUGCUAUUUAUACUUAUAGUCAUAAGUACAAGUAAGCCGAGUGUGAAUUUUUCUAAUUACCAAAUUCUUAUUUUUCCAGUGGAUUCAUCACAUACUAAGUUAUAUACAAAUGCAAACAUAUUUCAGUGUUUAAAAAGCUUCCACGUGGAAUGCACUGUGACGUAUGAAAAUAAAAAUGUUUCUCAAUUAUCAGUUCUUUCGGUUAUAAAGUGUGAGGAGAGAAUCUUUGCAAGCCUGCAAUAAAUAUUAAAGAAGAGACAUUGUAAACUGACAUGGGUUCGACAUUUAAUAAUAAUUAUUAAUAAAGAAGCUGACAAAAGGGUUUGUGUCAAAUAUGAAUUCUUUUAAAAUAUUUAUUAAUGAUUUCAUUAAUAAAGGGGAGGUCCAUUAUACAUUUCUCUUCUCCAGUGUGUGAUAUAACCACAGCUGAAAAGUGUUUCAGCCUGCACAGUUUGCAUGAACAUGUAAUAUGUUGUGUGCGCACGUAUAUGCACAUUUAUACGAUGAACAGAAGUCACAUAACUUAGUUGAAAUUGGCUCAAAGCACUUCUACAGCUUGUGUUGUUUUUUGGCAUACUGAAUUAAUAAUUUUUAUACUGGGUUUGAAUAUAAAAAUGACCACAGAACUGGACAAUCAUCCAUCUGUUCUGAUAGAUCAAAAAUAUGUCCAUUUUAAAAAUAUCAAGAAACCUGUAUGGGCCAUUUUACACCCCAAAAUCAAAAGACAAAUAUAUUUUUAAAAAUUGCUUAAAGAAAAAUGAAGCCUAUAUUCAGGAUUAGUAAUACUUUUUGCAUUGUGACUUUAUUUUUUAUAACUGGGUGAUUCUCACAAAACCAGUCAAGAAAAUGUCCUGGUCAUAUUUAACCCAAAAUAAAAAAUAAAAUAAAAAUCACACACACAUACAGUUGAAGUCAGAAGUUUACAUACACUUAGGUUGAUGUUAUUAAAACUUAUUUUUUAACCACUCCACAGAUUUCAUAUUAGUAAACUAUAGUUUUGGCAAGUCGUUCAGGACAUCGACUUUGUGCAUGACACGGGUAAUUUUCCAACAAUUGUUUACAGACAGAUUGUUUCACUUUUAAUGGACUAUAUCACAAUUCCAGUGGAUCAGAAGUUUAUAUACACUAAGUUAACUGUGCCUUUAAGCAGCUUAGAAAAUUCCAGAAAAUGAUGUCAAGCCUUUAGACAAUUAGCUUCUGAAAGGAGAUGUACUGAAUUGGAGGUGUACCUGUGGAUGUAUUUUAAGGCCUACCUUCAAACUCAGUGCCUCUUUGCUUGACAUCAUGGGAAAAUCAAAAGAAAUCAGCCAAGACCUCAGAAAAGAAAUUGUGGACCUCCACAAGUCUGGUUCAUCCUUUAUUAAUUUCCAAACGUCUGAAGGUACCACGUUCAUCUGUACAAACAAUAUUAUGCAAGUAUAAACACCAUGGGACCACGCAGCCAUCAUACAGCUCAGGAAGGAGACGCAUUCUGUCUCCUAGAGAUGAACGUAUUUUAGUGUGAAAAGUGCAAAUCAAUCCCAGAACAACAGCAAAGGACCUUGUGAAGAUGCUGGAGGAAACAGGUAGACAAGUAUCUAUAUCCACAGUAAAACGAGUCCUAUAUCGACAUAACCUGAAAGUCUGCUCAGCAAGGAAGAAGCCACUGCUCCAAAACCACCAUAAAAAAGCCAGACUACAGUUUACAAGUGCAAAUGGGGACAAAGAUCUUACUUUUUGGAGAAAUGUCCUCUGGUCUGAUGAAAUAUAAAUGGAACUUUUUGGCCAUAAUGACCAUCAUUAUGUUUGGAGGAAAAAGGGUGAGGCUUGCAAACCGAAGAACACCAUCCCAACUGUGAAGCAUGGGGGUGGCAGCAUCAUGUUGUGGGGGUGCUUUGCUGCAGGAGGAACUGGUGCACUUCACAAAAUAGAUGGCAUCAUGAGGAAGGAAAAUUAUGUGGAUAUAUUGAAGCAACAUCUCAAGACAUCAGCCAUGAAGUUAAAGCUCGGUCACAAAUGGGUCUUCCAAAUGGACAAUGACCCCAAGUAUACCUCCAAAUUUGUGGCAAAAUGGCUUAAGGACAACAAAGUCAAGGUAUUGGAGUGGCCAUCACAAAGCCCUGACCUGUAACUCAGUUACACCAGUUCUGUCUGGAGGAAUGGGACAAAAUUCCAGCAACUUAUUGUAAGAAGCUUGUGGAAGGAUACCCAAAAUGUUUGACCCAAGUACAAACAAUUUAAAGGCAAUGCUACCAAAUACUAACAAAGUGUAUGUAAACUUCUGACCCACUGGGAAUGUGAUGAAAGAAAUAAAAGCUGAAAUAAAUAAUUCUCUCUACUAUUAUUCUGACAUUUCACGUUCUUAAAAUAAAGUAGUGAUCCUAACUGACCUAAGACAGGAAAUGUUUUCUACGAUUAAAUGUCAGGAAUUGUGAAAAACUGAGUUUAAAUGUAUUUGACUAAGGUGUAUGUAAACUUCUGACUUCAACUGUAUAUAUGAAAUUUAGGAUUAAUAUGAUUUUUUUGCAUUGUGAAAUUUUUACCAUAAUGUGUCUGGAUGGUUUACUUUUACAAUUAUUAUUAUUAUUAUUAUUUAACUGUAUUACAGCUCUUUUUUAUAUAAAUUAAAAUGAAAGACAGUACUGAGGGAGAACUACUAUGACGUAUAAACACUUUACAAUUUAAUACAAAUAUACAUUUUUUCACAUUGCUGUAAUGAGAAUUGGGGGGUAAAAUGUGCGUAACUGUCAUGAAAAUGAUCACUUCCCUAAAAAUAGCUUCAUUUUCUAUUUGCAAAAUAUAAUUUGUCUCUUUUGAUUUGGGAGUAAAAUGAUCUGGACAUUUUCUUGACAAGUUUAACCCAAUAAAGCUUAUUUUCCAUCCCUAUUCUUUUUAAUGUAAUGUGAAAAAAAGAAGAAAAAAAAAAAGCAAAGUAUUUAUACAUCAUAGUAGUAUUUGUUGUACUGCCUUUAAUUUAUGCUGAUGUAAAUAAAUGUAUGGUAUAACAGAUUAUUUUUUUUCUCUGUAAUACAGUAGAAAAUUAUAUUACAGAAUUACCAUAAAUAAUAAUGGUUCAAUAACAAAAACCUCAAAUGUGAAACAUCUGGACUAAUAACACUAAUGGAAUUUGGGGGGAAAUAUGCUUAAUUGUCAUUAAAAUUGCCUUGUGAAAUUAUCAUCAAUAUUUAAUUUAAUGCAAAAUACUGUAAUCGUCUUAAAAUGAGCUUUAAUUUUUCUUCUUGCAAAAUAUAAUUACUUUUUCCUUUUGAUUUUAGGGUGAAAUGUGACCUGGACCCGCUUUCACAAGAUUCACCCACAUACAUUGCCCUCCACUUAUAUUGGCACCCUUGGUAAAUAUGAGCAAAGAAGGCUGUGAAAAAUAUGUCUUUAUUGUUUAUCCUUUUUAUCUUUCAUUCAAAAUAUUCACAAAAAUCUAACCUCAAACAAUUGCAUACACAACACAAGUUUUAUCAAAAAAAAAUAUAUAUAUAUAUAUAUAUUUGUCAAAUAUAUGUGUGGCACAAUUAUUGGCACCCUUUUAUACAAUACUUUGCACUGAAAAAUCUGUAUUUUAUUAUGAGAUUUCCCCCCUUUAAUUAUUUUACUUCAAUUAGAGGACAGAUUUUUGUGAAUAUUUUGAAUGAAAGAUAAAAAGGAUAAACAAUAAAGACAUAUUUACCAAGGGUGCCAAUAUAAGUGGAGGGCACUGUAGAUAAGGUCAAUAAAUGAUAACUUAAGAGGGAUGGCAGAAGUUAGUAAGGCAGAAACACAUGGUGGGUAUGCCAUGAAUAAUGACUCUAAUCUGUUCAUAUUAUUUACUGUUCAGAUAUGCUGUCUGUUUAAAGGUGAAUCUAAAGUCAUAAGUCUGGAGUCACCCCUUUGGCUGAAACACUUCAACAUAACAUCUCCCUCACAUAUAUUAAAACAUAUUACAUUUGAUAUUAGCAACCCUUUGCUAUCGUAUAUAAAAACAGUAUUUGCAAUUUUUGUGACGAGCAUUUGAUGGUCUUGAUCGUUGUGCUUUAAACAGGUCUUCUAACAAUGUGUAAUAACAUGUCAAAUGACACAAUAAUGUCACUCUUCCAAGAGAUGAACAUCACAUUAUUCAGAUGCUCGAGAUGCUGGAGAUUAAAUCAUGCUCCUAUAGAAAUAGAUCACACAAAAAAUGUUCAUGGCAUUUUUAACCUGUAUGACUUAGUAACAAGGAAGUCAUAUAGGUUUGGAACAACAUGAGGGUGAAUAAAUGAAGACAAAAUUUUAUUUUUUGGGUGAACUAUCCCUUUAACAUUAGCUCCCAUUAAAGAACCAGUGCAAAUCCGAUGGUGCUAAUGCAGCAUCUGCAGGAACACUAAAACGGCAACAGCUGAAGCUGACUUCUAUGGCAACACUGAAAGAGAGGGCUAAUCUGCGAUCUUGUGAGGUUAUUAUGGCAGUAUCUUCGCCCACUUUUCAUCUUUACAGGAAAAACAAAGCAGGAAAACAGAAGCCUGAAGCAGGUUCAAGACAUAAAGAAUGUGGAAGGAGCACGACCUGAAGUCAUUUAUCAACAACAUAUAGACCUGCAGCUCUUCAACUGCAAGAGCUAACAAGGGUGAACGUCACAAAAACAUGUCCGGGUCAUAUUUCACCCUAGCAUCAAAAAAAUCUUUCCUAAAGAAAAUGAAGCUUGUUAUAUGACCGUUAAGAUUUUUAGCAUUGUGACAUUAUUUUUAAUAUGCAUUUUCACUUCGGAAAUAUGGAUGGCCAAAUUACUCAAAAUUAAAUAUUUAAAUAAAUCAUUAAAUACAUACACUCAUAAUUUUGUUUUAAAAAAGCCUAUUUUAAAAUUUACACAUUUCAGUUUCAUAAAUUUCCAUAAAAUGUAAUUGUCCAAUAUUUAAAAAUUUAUUAAUUUAUUUAUAUAUAUAUAUAUAUAUAUAUAUAUUGAAAUGCGUAAAUCAGAAAUAUUUUUGAAAACAUCAAAAAAACAAUACAAUUAUUAAAUAAAUCAUUAAAUCACUAAAUAAUUUAAGAAAGGUCCUGUGUAUUUCAUUUUAGCACUAGUCUGAGUCCACUUUCAUUUUAGCAUUAUCUUUGGGUCAAAUUUUCAUUUAAGCAUGAGCAUCGUGUCUUUUCAUUUUCAUGAUUAUUUAUUUAUGUGAUUAUUAAAUACCAUUUUGUAAUUAUUAAUCCCAUUAUUUUGAGGUGAUUCUCAAUAUAUUAUCACUGUAAUAUAAUAUUUUCUUUUCAAAUCAGCACAAAUUAAAGGCAGCACAACAAAUACUAUCUUGCUUUAUAAAUACUUUGCAAUUUAAAUAAUAUAUUGUUUUUUUGCAUUUCAGAAAUUAGAACGGGGGGAAUAAUUGUUAUGCAAAUAAUAUAUAUAUAUAAAAAAAUUCUUAAAGUUCUAAAAUGGCCUAGGUGAAAAUUUUGGUAUAAUUUUAAAGAACACUUUUCAAUUUUUUUAAUAUUAUAGAUUUUUAUAAAUUCUCAGACUCAGCCUAAGAAACUGAUUAAAAUAUAUAUAUAUAUAUAUAUAUAUUUUUUUUUUUUUUUUUUUUUUGUGUAAUAAUUGUGCAAAUAAUGUAAAAAAAAAAAAAAAAAAAAAGAAUUCUAAAAUGGUCUUCAUUUAAUCAAACUUGAUUUAUAAAUUUAUUUAUUUAGAUUUUGGGGUGAAAUAUGACCUGGACAUGUUCAUGACAGGCUUCAUGUAAUUUUUACCCAAUGAAAUGAAGAAACAGUUUUAAGAAAAAAAGAGAAAUUAAAGGAUCACAACACAAAGAAUCAAUUCUGUCUGAUGGAUCACUGACACUGUCUACAAAUCAUCUAAAAGUGAAGAAUUCUUACAGUUGUUGGCAUCAGUCAGUCUGUGUCGAGUCCAUGGUAAGUGAAUGUAUGUAACUGUAUGAUUAUAAAAAAAGGUCCAAAUUUUUCUUGCAAAAAAAAAAAAAAGAAAAA